AUGAGAUCUAAUAUCAGAACAUUUAGUAUUAUAGGUGGAAACCUUAAUCAAAUACCUCCAGAUGCAUUUAUGAGCCCCUUUGCCACUAACGUAAAAAGUUUAUUUUUGGAGGAUAUUACUAUAACAUCGUGGGUUCCAGAAACCUUUAUUGGACUUUAUAAUUUAGAAGAACUAUUUAUUAAGAACUGCAAACUAUUAAACAUCCAUUAUAGUGCAUUGAAGACUAUUGAUGAUACUUUAAAAAUGUUAGAUAUUAAGGCUACAAAUAUUUGGAAUCCUACCAACGUUACUGGAGCAGCAGAUCUUAUAAAACUAACGACAGUUGAUUUUUCUAAAAAUGUUUUUCCUAAUUUCCUUGAUGAAAGAAGUUUUUAUAAAUUAGAAAAUUGUAAAAUAUUAUAUUUAAACUCGUGUAAAAUAACUUCUAUAGGAAACGGUACUUUCGAUCGUUUAAAGAAUUUGGAAAUUUUAUUUCUUAAUAACAAUGAUAUUUAUCAAGUUCCUGUUGGUUUAUUUAACGUUUUUUUGUCAAUGGAACACAAACCAAGAAUAAAUUUGCAAGAUAAUCCCUGGAUUUGCAAAUGUUCUAUUAAUGAUUUAAGGAAUCUACAUCUUCAAGACUUAUUAAUAGUUGAACCAUCAUGCUAUUAUCCAAAAGAAGUUCGAGGAUAUACUUUUACAGAGUUUGAGUAUUACUGCACUAAUGAUUUACAAACAGAACUCAUUAUCUCAGAUACAAACGUUACCGAACUUUUGUUUGAAUACAAAAGCAAUGAAACCUUUAACAUGAGCAGUAAAUUAACAUGCAACAAUCAAAGUAAACAAACCGAUAGUGAAUUAUUUACUUUGAUAUCACCCUUUUUUGAAUAUCAGUGCCUAAAUAAUAGAAUUCAUAAUUUUGAAUUAGUACCACUGGCAUCAAACGCUGUUUCUGAUUUAUUAACUAUGAGUAGUAGUUGGAUUAAACCAAUAUUUUAUUCAGAAAGUCAAUCGAAUUCGCUCGUGGAAGUAGACCUCAUUGGUCCUUCCAGUUAUAGUUUGAUUUGGUUUCAAUCAGCAUGUCCUAAAGAAAUUUAUUGCAUGUCCAGUUUACCAAAAGUUCUGCGAGUCUACAGUGUAAAUGAAAACGCUUAUUACACAUUUUGUCGUAUCAAAAAUGGAACAGUUCUUAACGAAGAAUGCGUAGCUUAUAACUUAUCCAAAUUAAAUAGUUCAUUUGGCCAUAACACUUCUUUACUAUACAUACUAACGGCUUUUGUUUGCCUAUCAAGUGGAGCUCUAUGUGUUUACGGUCUCAUUCGUAAAAAUCCAGGUCUUUUGAAAGGAAGCAAGAGAGUUCUUUUUGUGAAACAUAAGCAAGUGGACGCGUUAGUGCUUCCUCCUAAAAUACCCUUAAGAAAUAAUGUAACCGACAUAAGCUCAACGAAUAACAAAAGCAGAAAUAUAUUUAAAGUAUCUCCUCAUAUUACCAAUUCGCCUUGGAAAUUCGCGCGGAUGAAUUCUACAAGAAGCACCAAUAGUAGCCCAAGUUACGUUUCAGCAAUACAACCGAGCGAGGAUCAGCUCGCACAAUGGCGAUUGAGACACCACUAUGAUAAAGACUCUACAAUACAUUCAAUAGAUUCAAAUAUAUCUACACUUUCUUGGAUAUUCGAAGCGGAAAGUAUACCGUACUUUCACCUUGAUCGCAAUGAGCCAUUAUAUGACCAUAUUAAUUUUACAGAAAGGAUUUAA